AUGGAAACGUCCGAAGAGCAAAAACGGAUAAUUGAAGAAAAGGAUAAGUUGAUUAAACGUCAGUUCAUCAGAAUUGAGGAAUUGGAAAAUGAACUGUCGGUCCUUAAAGAGGAGCGCGAUUCGCUCCUCUGCGAUGUUAAUAAACUUCGAUUUGAAUUGGAGAUGAGUGAAUUGAAACGGCUAAAGGAUGUCAGCUUUGUACCUUUCCAGUAUGGGACUUUAAAAGAUAUUAGAAUUGUAACAUAUCGUAAUGGUCACUCCAAAGGACUAGCAUAUGUUGAAUUCCAAGACGAGGCUGCAGCUGCAAAUGCAGUGGUUAAGACUGAUGGUAUUCAGAUAUUGGAUAAUGUGAUAUCCGUAGCUAUUAGUAAUCCUCCCCCAAGAAAGCAGCAAAGGGACUUUCCAGUAGCUUCUAUUUCUGAAUCUCUUGGAGGAGGUGGGGGACAAACAAAAGGACCAAGAGGAAGAGGUCGAACCCAGUUAGCUCUUGUACCGCGAGCUGUCGCUCGUCAACCACUCAAUAGGAAAUCCUCUCUUCCUUCCAUACAAAAUGGCCAAAACUCUAGUUCAAGCUCUUCAGAAGAAGAAAGAAAACCCCUUAGCAACAGUGACUUUGCAAAGAUGCUGCAAAAAUAAAUAUAUUUUUUGUUGCACUAAUGACUUUUAUGAUGUUUGUGAUGAAAGUUACUAAAAACUACAAAUUUAUUAAAAAAAUAAAUUUUGUCGAAGAACUGUAUCCAGUGGAUGGGAUCUUUUGUUGUUUUAGGUGCUGUUCAUUUUAUUUAUGAUUAUUUAAGAAUCAUAAAACUUUCUCGUUUGUAAAUGCGUUCAUUUAAUUCAUAAUUUCAAUGUUCAUGUAUGCAAAAAUAAAUUUUUUUUUUUCUUUCUUUGCACCAAUGACUUUUAUGAUGCUUCUGAUCUUACUAUAAACUACAAAUUCAUUUUAAAAAUAAAUUUUGCUGAAGAACUGUAUCCAGUGGAUGGUAAUUUUUGUUGUUUUAGGUGCUGCUCAUUUUAUUUAUGAUUAUUUAAGAAUCAUAAAACUUUCUCGUUUGUGAAGGCGUUCAUUUAAUUUAUAAUUUCAAUGUUCAACUCACAUUUGCUUGAAAACGUGAUGUAAUCUUCGGUGUAAGUCUCGUUUUCUUUGUUUGGAUAUUAUGUAUAUUAUAUAUUAAAGUUUAUUGGUGCGGUGGAACUUUGAUUCUCUAACACCUCAUCAUGUGACUUUUGAUCAUUAACAGCUAACAAGUUACCAACAUUUCACGAUUAUAACACGUAUUGUUACUCAGUUAUUGUUGUUUUUAUAUGCCAUUUGCUGUGCCAGUGAACUCCAAAUUAAAUUCAAUUAUGGCUGUGAUGUCAAAUGUAAAAUCUGGUUUCUAGAAAAUAACAAAUAAAAAAUUAAAAUGUAUCAGUUUUUUCAUAAUAUUGUUAUUUUUUAGUUUUGAAAAAUAAAAAUACUAGUGUUUUUUUAAAAUUUUAUUAUGGUUGUUAAUUAUACUGAGUUAUUUUAUUCAUGGUUUUAUAUUUAUGUAGCAAAAAAAUUAUCUAAAAAAAGUUCCCCAAUUAUCCGACAAUUUCAAUUUUCCAACUCUGACUCUGGUCCCGUGUGUGUCAGAUAAUCAGUGUUCUACUGUAUGUUUAUUGUAUAUUGUACUUAUCCAAUAUAAGUAUUUGAAUACACAUUCCUUGUAUUACAUUAUGUAUGGAUAUUUGGAAAACAAGGAAUUAUUGUAUAUUAAAUACGGAUAGGCAUACAUUGUGGGUUGAUUGAAAAAUUCGAAUCUUUGUAAACUUUUCUGACAUUCUGCUCUGUGCCCGCAUAAUAGGAUGAUAUCUGACAGUAUUUACGAAUACGCUUGAUGAUCUUUAAGCUUAUUACAAUUAGCUUAAAUGCUUUUAGGCUAAUUAAAAAAUAUGAAAAAAAUUAAUCAGGUCAAAUUUGCUUUAGCUUUAUUACAUUAAACCUUUAAUAAGGCUACUUGCAAUAAGUCUUCAUUAUUUUGGAUUUAUUGCAAACUGUCUGAAAUAAAUCAGGCUAAUUGAUCAAAGAUUUAUUUAUUUUUGAAUUAGCCUAAAAAUAUGUGGUUUCAAUAAGCUUGUGGUCUUGCUUAUUAGAAAAUACUGGAAUAAUUCCAAUUUGCCUGGUAUAUUGGUAAUUGAUAACUGCUGUUAGCAAAAAGCCAAAUUUUUCAAUAACCUAUGAUAUAUAUGUAUUCCAAUCAAUAUAUUAAGGGGUCAUUCAAAUAUUACAUAUGAAAAUUUUUGGCAAUUUUGGACUACCUUGUCUGCAAACAUGAGCCAAAUUUCAAAGCUUUCCCAUGCUUAUGUCAGAAAGUCACAACAUCCUCUGGUGUUUACUUUAACUGUAGUAUUCUAAUUUUAGAAUUAAAUUCAAAUAAAAGGUGUAAAGAAAUUUAUGUUUUAAUUUAGUUUUAUGAAAUUUUGUGGUGGAAUAUUCUUUAAAAAUAAAAUUUGUAGAGCUAGGACUAAAAAUUAAUGAUGAUUAAGUAAAAAAUGGGCAGAGAUAUGAAUAAUACCACAAGAAGAAAAAAUUAAUGGUGCAUUAUUAAGCGAUUGGUUCAAAAAAUGUAUGAGGUUAGUUUUUUAUUUUUGUUUUGUUUACUGAAAAAAAAAACUUAGGAAAAUAAAGAGAAAAGAAAUAUUUAAAAAAAUAAAUAAUAUUAAUUAACUAUAAUAUUUAUUAAUUAAUAAUGUUAAUUAAUAAUAUUAACUAAUAAAAUAAUAUUAUUAAGAAAAAUUAGUUAUUGAUAUGUGGUCUAAUCUCACGGAAAGGUACAUUUAUCAAUCGGUAAGCUACAAAUUUCUGAAAAUUCUGGUAAACAAAGCUAGACUAUGUUAUUUGGUUUUAAAUAAGUUCUAACUUGAAAUUUUUUUAGAGUGUAAUGUUUUGUUAAAUUUUGUAUUUUGCAUUUGAAAAAAAUUUAAAAAUGAGAUUUUAAAGUGAUUUGCAGCCAUUACUCAACCCCUUCCCCCCCCCUUGUCAUCAAAAAUAAGUGAAUCACAUCUCUGCUUCCCCCCACCCCCAUUACUAUGCUUACAUAAUAUUUAAAUUUUCCCUUAUCAGUUAAAACAUAUUAUAUUUGUACUCGUUAUAUGUUGGAUGAUAUACAUAAUCAAAUAAUUGUUGGAAAUUAAUAUUUUUCUAAAAAUUAUUCAUUUUUAUUGAUGACUAAAAAAAGGCAUUAUUUUUUUUGUAAAUACAAUCAUCGUAUUCAUAAAUUAAAUGUUUAACUGACAUAAAGUUAAAAUGUUUCAUUUCAAAUUGCUUGAGAAUGGCACUUCAUUUCACAGGUUUCUGACAAAGUAGUAUUAUUUGAAGAGCUUAGUAGAAUAAACGUUUGAAAGCAUUGAAAUUUUUCUGGAUUGACGAUAAUUUGUUGUCGGCAGUUUAAUUUUGAUGUUUUGUACAAAGUUGUUUUUUCAAUGUGAACUCUUCAUUUAUCACGACAAAUUAGUUAAUAGUUUCUCUACUGCUACCAUUCUGAUUUCUAUUAUAUGUGUGAAAGAAUUAUGUCUAUGUGUUAUGUGUGAAAGAAUUAUGUUUGUAUUUGUCUUUUAAAGAGUUGAAUGUAAUAAAUUGUUCUUCAAAUUGUU